UAUGCCAGUUGCCAUAGCAGCUGUCCAAAACAGCACUCAUGUAGCUAAGCAAAUCUCAGGAAGCAAGUAUAAAUUGUUGUUCUUGAAAGAUGUUAAACGCUCAAUCCCUUUUGGAAUUUAUAACCAAGUUGUUCAGGAAAUAUUACACAAUUAUGACUUAUUUGUGACUGCUAAAUUGCUCAAAGAGCUGAUAAAUCCAUCCGUCCAUUGUUUAUACUUAACAAGUUUAAUGCAUUAUGAUACUGUUUACGAGAACAACGAUUAUAUUUUGGGUCCCUCAAUUAUUCACAAUACCCUAUCAGACUUUCAAUAUAAUGGAUUGAAUUCUUACGAAGAUGAUUGUAUGCUAAAAAUUGAGAUCGGUAAAAUGCUAUCAAUGAAUUCCUUCCUAACUCAACUUAAAAUACAGGAUGUCGAUAAUUUUGAUAUUGUUGAGCUGUUAUCGACCGGAUUACCUUCAUUGAAGGUUUUACAUUUAAUUCAUAUAACAGAAUUAUACGAUACCAGUUUUAUUGAACUACUACAACUUCACGCAUGCGGAAAAUAUGAAACUUUACAAACUCUUUUUGAUAUCGACUUAACUUAUUGCACGAACGUUACAGAUGUUACAAUUGCCUGUAUUAUGAUCCUCUUCUCAGACACUCUAAAAUAUUUAAAUAUGAGCUAUACUACGAUGACACCUCUAUCGGCUCUCUGUCUUUCGUCGAUGUGCCCCAGUCUUUCCCAAAUAACCCAUUUUGUUACAGAUUCGACUUGCAAACUAACAACACAUUUAUCUCCAUUAUACUCAUUAAUUCAACAUUUUCCUGAAAUGAUCAACGAAUUCGAUAGUGUUAUAUUAGACACUUCAACAAGUUCUAGCGUUAAAAAGCAGCAAAUGGAUGAUAACGCAACUUUACAUUUGAUUGAUCUGGAAGAUGAUGGUGAAGGUGAAAAUAAUACCGUAGAUGUAAAGCUAAGUGAUAAAACUGCACUUAAAAAAAAGGAUAAUACGAAAUCAAAAAGAGAAAAGAAAGUUGAAAAACCCUGUUUAAUUUCUAUAAACCUUUCUUAUCCUGCUGAGCAAAUAAUCCCAGAAGAUGAAUGCACCACAAAUACAAUUCAUUCUUUACUCGAUGAGCAAACAAUUCGAAGUUGUUUAAGAGCUGGAAUAAUGGAUAAUUCGCGAACAUUGCGCAAAAUUUCUUUUCGCGGAUGGGAUUGUAUUGAUGAAGAAAUUAUUAGCACUAUAGCUCAUUAUUGCCCUAAUCUGGAGAGUCUAGAUCUAUCGGGAUGUUUAGAAUUAAAUGAAGAAUGUGUUCAUAAUACGUCCAAGCUUUCCUACUUAGAACAUCUAGGUUUGGGAGAAACACUGUCAACUUUGAAUUGUUUACUUCCUGCAAUAAAAAAAUGUGGUGCCUUAAACAGUUUAAAUUUAGAUGGUGCUAUUCUGAGUGACGAUAUCAUAAAACUCUUAUCUGAGUAUCUGGCACAUCAAAUUGAAGUUCUAAGCCUUAAAUGGGUUGAAGAUAUUAGUGGAAAUGCUCUGGCCUAUCUUAUGGAAAAAUGUGUCAACCUCACAAAUUUUACAAUUGCAAACGUCGCCUAUGACUCAGAAAUAUGGAUACGAGGAUUUUCAACUUGCCAUCAGCUUAGAACCUUAGAAUUGACUGGAACUGAAACAGGACUAAAUAAUGAGGUGCUUUUUAUGUUUAGUGAAAAUUUCGAUAAUUUAACUGCUUUGAAUAUUAGCUGGAAUUACAGUAUGGAUUCCAUCUCUGAUUCAGCUAUUAAGGCUGUCUUGAACAAUUGUACUCAAUUAGAAAAUUUACAAGUUGAAGGUCUUAAGGCAAUCACCAGCCAGCCUUUUAAACUAUUGAUCUCUGACUAUGAUAAGAUAAUAGAACUCGAGACUACUGAUUGGAGAUGGGACUUUCGAUCGUCGUCAUAUGGGUCAUCUCUAACAAAUUUAGAUUGUACUUAUUGCGAUCAAGUCGAUGAUCAAGAUUUGGAAAACAUAUAUAAAUUAUCAAAAGGAACAAUAACAAUAAAAAAUUACUAUGCAGAAACUUUAAAAUUCAACCCAGAUUGA